AUUCGAAGCAAGGAUGUACCAGAAGAAGCCAAGAAAGUGAUCGCCAGUGACGAAAUAAUAUACAAUCAACAUCCAAGUUGUGAGUGAGCAUGUCGAGUGUGCAUCAGUGACCAAAGCGUGACCAAAACGAAAGUGAGCAAAAUCCAUCCAUCCUUCUCAAAUCCCACGAAACGCACCCCUCCCCCAACCCGGUUUCAAUCCCGGUCGAAAUUUUCCGCUCAUUGCCGAACUAUGCGUGGUGCGAGAUGGUGUGUUCUCUGACCAACAACAACAACACCAACAACAAUAACAACAACAACAACAAUAACAGUGGUAAAAGCUGCAACGACACCGGUGGCGAGCCGUGCACGGACUUGCGAUCCAGCCCAGAGGCGCAGCCGGGCGAGAACAUGUCGUCGUUGAGCGACGCUCACAGGCGGAACAGCCACUUGGAAGGCGACAGAAGUUCGUCGGCAGGCUCCUCUCUGGGCUCGUGCUCGCCCCCCCCGGCCUCGAGCCACUCUCCACCGCCUCCCAGGCCGCCUUGGCUGCACGAUUUCCACGCGGCGGCCGCCCCUCACGUCCUCCAAUUCUUGAACCUGAGCGCUGCCGGGGGCAGCAUGCUGGCCAGCCAGCCUCUCGCGGCGUUGCACUCGAUGGCGGAGAGGAGCCACCAUCAGCAGCAUCAGCAGCACCAACAGCACCAACACCAACAGCAGCAGCAACAGCAGCAACAGGCCCACCACCAUCAUCAUCAUCAACAGCAGCAGCAGACAGGGGGCAUACAGUUGCCGAGGAUCAGCGUCCCCUUGUCCACGAUCACGCAAGGGCAGGCGUCGCCAACGGGGAGCGGGAAGCACAGCCCGGCAACCUCCAUCACCUCCGUCGGAAGCAAUCCGCACGGUAUCGACACGAUAUUGUCGCGGCCGGCGGCCACCCAUCCUCAGGCACCCGUGUCGGCGACGCACGCCGCGCUUCAACCGACGCCGCAUCCGCAGCACAUGACGGCGCCUCGGUACGGGAUGCACGCGGGAUUCACUGCUUCGUCGGGUAUCGGGCAAUUUCAACAAAGAACGGAGCCACGGCAUCCUGCUGUCUAUUGGCCAGGUCUUCAGGGAUUAGUCAGUGAUCCCCUGGGAUGGCGAGCAAGACUGCACACACUGUCGCAACAGCUGGGCUGUCAGCAGACGAUGACAGGAUCCGGCGGAACCGGCGAGCACGAGGGCGGCAAGAAGAAGCACACGAGGCCGACGUUCAGCGGACAGCAAAUCUUCGCCCUCGAGAAAACGUUCGAGCAGACGAAGUACCUAGCGGGGCCGGAACGCGCUAAAUUGGCCUACGCCCUCGGCAUGUCGGAAUCGCAGGUCAAGGUAUGGUUCCAGAACAGGCGGACAAAAUGGCGGAAAAAGCACGCGGCCGAGAUGGCGACGGCGAAGAGGCGGCAAGAAGAGGUCGAAGGCGUCGUCGCGGAGGGUGAGGAUGGUUGCAGCGACGCGGAGGCCGAGGGAAACAGCGAAACCGCCGCGAAAAGGCUGAGAAGGGAGCUCGAGCAACAGUAUAGGCAUUAAAACAAAUGUGAGAUGUCGAUUCAAGGAAAGGAAAUGAAUCGAAAGACUAGAUUCUCCGCUAGAUAGAUUCGUAAAAGGAAAAUGAAGGAGUGUGUGGCGAAAAGGAUUUUAAAAAAUUUACAGAUUUCCAGCCUGUUAAGGUGCUUCGAUUGUUUUAUUUCCUUUUUCUAAUUCUGGAUUUUUCUUUUCUUUUUUUUUUUUUUUAUUUGGAAAUUGGUCAAUCAAAUUAAAGCAAAGAUUAUGAAAAUUUAUAAAGAAUUAAAAUAAGGUAUAGUGUCUGUCAAAAGUUAAAGUAAACUGGAAAGUUAGAAUGAAUGAAAUUCAAAAUGAUUUUUCUUCUUGUUUUAGUAAAUAUUUUUAUCGAAAAUGAUACGAUGAAAAAGAUUUUUAUUUUUAAAAAUUCUUAUAUCGUAAUAAAAUGUAGGAAUAUUCAACUGGAGGUGGAGAGUUACUAAACUUUUGGCAGUUACUUUAUUUCAGUUCGCGUAUCACAAAUCGGAACUCGUAAUAACAUUACUAUCCUUAACUCGAAGGAUAAUUGUAGGAUUAAAAAGAUUCGGAGGGAAAGUGGUCCAAAUAACAAAAUCUUUAAUUUCGAAAGGACAAAGUUUCCGAAGUUGAAUAGAAAAAUUUAGAUGUUUCCAAAUGUUAAAAAAAGUUUGAAAUCACUGCAUGGAAUCAAAAGAAGAAAAAGUGAAUAGAAAUUUUAGCUUUGAAUAAAAAGCUUGGAAUUCUGUUAUCAUAAAAAAUUCUUUAAUUAAAAAUCGACUGGAAAAUAUAUAAUCUAUUAUAAUUGACUUCAAACAUUUUCAAAUUUGAAAAUUCGUAACAAUUUUUAAUAAAUAUCGAUCUCCAGAUAAUUUAUACAGAUUUCUCAGAUAAUAUUUUUAUUGUAUUUUUCUCGAAAUAUAUUUAUUAUCACUCUUUCAUCGCAUCCAUU